UAACAAAAAUUCCUCAACAAUACGUAUGUGAUUGAAAAGAAAAUUAAAAAGCAAAAAGCCCCGGAGGACAAAAGAAAAGCUAAAAAAGUGCAAAAAUAAAAGUAUUUUUAUAUAUUUAGUAGCGGCUGUUUUGGGGGAAGGAGGAAAGGAUAAAUGUUUUUGCUGCCUUCUGACUUGGCGCUUAUCCCCCCUUUUAAUAUUUCGCAAUACAACAACCUACUCAUUUGGCCAAAUAGCUUUAUUUAUUUAUUGGAUAGCGAUCGAUUUGAAUCGUCGCUUUUUCAAUUUUGCUUUUUUACCCUUUUUGAAGCUUAUUUUCACGCCGCCUUCACAAUUAAAAAAAGCAAUGAUUCAUAG